GGGAAGAGGCGGGGUUUCCGGCGGGUGACCCUGGUGAGUCCUUCUGCGCCUGGGAGGGAGCCCGGAGCAGAGCGGCGAUGGGGCUGCGGGACGAGGAGAUGCUGGGGAGCCGCAGCAGGGAACCCGAGGAAGAGGAAGAGGAGGAGGAGGCAGAGCUAGUGGAUCCUUUAACCACAAUAAGGGAGCACUGUGAGAAGACUGAGAAGUGCGUGAAGGCACGGGAGAAGCUGGAGCUGUGUGAUGCGCGAGUGUCCGCAAGGUCCAACACACAGGAGGAAUGUACGGAAGAGCUUUUUGACUUCCUGCAUGCCAGGGACCACUGUGUGGCUCACAAACUCUUUAAGAAUCUGAAAUAAAUGUUGGAGCAAGUCCCACCAUCUGUCUCCAUCCUUCAGCUGGAACACGGUGCAGUUUCUUUUUGGAUUCCAAGUGCUGCUUGCUGCCCGUUAUUGUGAAUGUACAGUAUAAGUAUAUGAGCAGCUUCCUGGUUGUACUGCGGUGAUCCAGGUGCCACCGUGUCAUUGCAUCUAUCUUCCGUGAAAAAUGUGCAGCUGUAACAAAACCGUCUUCUGUGGUUUUCCAUAUUAAACAUAUUCAAAGUU